AUGGCUGCGGCGCUGGGGCUGCUCUUGUGGCUGUUCCUGGUCUGGCUGCCCUAUUGGAUGUCGGGUCAACCAGACCCCAGCCCGAGCCGGCGCUUUUCCGAGUACAAACUCUGCGCAGAUGAGGAAUGCAGCAUGUUAAUGUAUCGAAGUGAAGCACUAGAAGAUUUCAUAGGCCCAGACUGUCGUUUUGUGAAUUUUAAAAAAGGUGAUUCUGUAUAUGUCUACUAUAAACUAGCAGGGAUAUCACCUGAAAUUUGGGCUGGAAGUGUUGGACGUAUCUUUGGAUAUUUUCCAAAAGAUUUAACCCAAGUAGUUUAUAAAUAUACCAAAGAAGAGCUACAACUUCCAACGGAUGAGACAGAUUUUGUUUGUUUUGAUGGGGGAAGAGAUGAUUUUGAUAGUUAUAAUGUAGAAGAACUUUUAGGAUCUUGGGAAUUGUAUGAUUCUGCAACUGGAGAUCCUGAGAGAGCUACAGAACAAACUUCUCAGCAUAUGAAAAAGCCUCCUGAAGCAUCUGAGGAAAAUGACUCUGAACUUGAACCCAGAGAAACCAAUUUUGAGGAAAAUGAAAGUUUAUUCCCUGAAAAUACCAAGGAUCUAGAAGAUAGUUUUGAGGUUCAGAAGAAUCACCCUCAUGCAAACAGUCAAACAGGUCACACUCGGGGAGAGCAAUCUUCAUUUGACCCUUUUGAGGAAAUGCUGCAAGAGAAGUUAAAAGUUCUAGAAAGUGAAAACAAAACUGGCAAUGGUUCUCAAGUCUCAGAUGAACAGGAGAAGAUCAUUACUUAUAAACUUUUGAAAAAAGAAAUGACUCUGGAUUUGAAAACCAAAUUUGGCUCAACUGCAGAUGCACUUGUCUCAGAUGAUGAGUCAACUAGACUUGUUACUUCAUUAGAAGAUGAUUUAGAUGAGGAAUUAGAUGCUGAAUAUUACACAGUUGGGAAAGAGGAAGAGGAGAGUAAAGAAAACUUUGAUGAGCUACCGUUACUAACCUUUACAGAUGGAGAAGAUAUGAAAAUAUCAGCAAAAUCUGAAGUUGAGAAGUAUUUAACAGAUAAAGAGUGGAAGUCAAAUGAAGAAGAUAUGAUUGAGGUAGCUCAGCCCCCUGGCAUCAGAGAUGAUGUUAAAAAUGUACUAACUACCUUGGGGGAUACCAUCUUAUCUGUUGCCCCAGGAAGUGAAAAAACAGGAAUGAUGGAUUUAGAGAGUUCUAAUUCAGAGGAAGAAAAAGAAGAUGAUGUGUUAAUCCCAGGUAGCAAAUGGGAGGAAGCACAAACAGCAACAGAUUCUAUUGAUCCUAAAAAUGCAGAAAAUAGUAUUUUGAUUGUGGAAGUGUCUAAAACAAAUGGUGAGAAAGAUCCAGAAAUGGACACAGAACUUCACAAUGUAGGAACAGGCAGUAAAGUUCAGGAAUCCAAUAGGGGCCUAGUACAAGAUGAUACAGAGAGUAAGAAGCAAGAAGAGAUGACUGUGCAUGGUGAUACUGAAAGCAUUACCCUUCAUUCUUUGCUGGGUGAGAAGGGUAAAGAAACAUUAAAAUCAGCCUUUGAUAACAAAGGAAAUGACCAAAAAGAAGCAGCUGUUCAUCUCUUGAAAAGAAUGAUCCAUGAAGAAAAGUCUACUGAACACAUUUUGGGAGGUAGUUCAGAGAGUGAAUCUGUGCCUAAAACUACAGGGAAUCAAAUGAAUGAAGAAAAAAUUAAACAAGAAUCCAUGGAUAUUGCACCAGUCUUGGGAGACAAUCAGCACAAUAUAUCCAAAGAAAGUGUAGAGGAAGUAGAUGUUUUGGUAAGUGGGCCACUUUCAGUGGAACAUCAACGUGAGGAAUUUAAAGAGGAGCUGGUUCUUAAAACUCAAAAUCAAGCUAGAUUCUCCUCUCCAGAUGAAAUUGGCUUGCCAACAGAACUGGAAGAGGAAGUUCCUUUUCAUGGAAGAAAUCUUUCUCAGCAACAAGAAAGGGAUGUGACAGCUACAGUUAAUAAACACAUGAAUGAGAAGAUAAGACUGUCUGAAGAAGCAGUCAAAGAGGACACCUCACGUCAAGAGUUUGGUCAUCACAAGGCAAUGCAGGGUACCCAGGAAGUUGAAAAAACAGGCCAGACUGAUAGCACGAAAGUACCAGUUUUCCCUACUGAAAUGCAUGAAGCAGAUGGUGAUGACUACAUCCCUGAAGAACUGCUGGAGGAUGAAAAUGCUAUAAGUGCAAAACAGUUAAAAGAAAAGAACAUUGGGAUUCAGGACAGAAUACUGGAUGUUAAUGUGCAAGCCCCUGAAAGAGCUACCACUAAUCUUGAUCCAAAAACUGGAGCAAACAAAAUAGAAAUGAAUAUGGUUUUAGAGGUAGAAAGAAAAAGUGGAACUGUGGUCAAAGGGGUAGAUACAGGAUAUAGUGAACCAGCUCAAAUAGAGGUGGAAAAAGAGAGCCCUCUUAUAGAUAAGAAAACACAAAGACCAUCUGAAGUAAGUGACUUUCCUGAUACCAAAAAAUUUUGGACUCCAGAAUUAGGUGAAGUGUUUCAGAAUAAAGAGUCUGAUUACCUGAAGGAAGACAACCCAGUGGAACAUCUAAAGACCUCACAGCCUGCAAAGAAGCUUGAGGUGGAUGAACUCUCAAAAGAAGACCAUGAGGAUUUACAAAAAGUCAUGGACCCAGAAGGGCAAUGGUCUCCUUCUGAAGAACUUGAAGAUAACCUUUUCUCUUGGGCUUCACGUGUGGCUGGGAAGCCAGAGCAUACUGACAAUGGGAAGGACUUGCCUAUAAUAAGAAGCUUUUUUAAAGAACAUCAAUCCUUGCAACGGUUCCGGAAGUACUUUGAUGUCCAUGAGUUGGAAUCCUUGUUCCAAGAAAUGUCAAUAAAGUUGAAAUCAGCUCAACAGGAAAGCCUGCCUUAUGAUGUGGAUAAAGUCCUAGAUAAGGUCUUCCGUGCUUCUGAGUCACAGAUUCUGAGUGUGGCAGAAAAAAUGCUCAAUACUCGUGUGACUGAAAAUAAAGAGCUAGGAAUGAAGAAAAAUAACAUGUUAGAAGAGGCUGCCGUGCUGGAUGAUGUUCAAGACCUGAUCUAUUUUGUCAGGUACACACAUUCCACAGUGGAGGAGACUGUACCAAUGGCAAUGGCACAGCCUCCAGAAGAAGGCUGGGAUGGACCUAUGGAAGAGACACAGCCACCACAUGAGGAUUAUUUCCCACCAGGGAGCACAGAAGAUCUUCUUCAGGAUCCUGAAGAACUCAGACACUUGUAUCAACCUGUGACUAGUGACACAGAUAACUCAGAAGUGUCACAGAUGUUGUAUACUGACAAUUUACACCCAGGGAUAAUUACAACAGAAGGCACUCCUGUUGAUGCAAUAAAGCAACUAGACACAAAUGCUGAAGAGCCAGCAAGUGCUACACCUCUGGAAAAUACAGUGGUUUUAAUCCAUUCCUUCAUGUUUAAUUUAACUAAGAUGCUAGUUGCUACAUUGCCUGAUGGUGUUCAGCCUGGGCCUGAUUUUUAUGGAUUGCCAUGGAAACCUGUACUUAUCACAGCCUUCUUGGGUAUUGCUUCAUUUGCCAUUUUCUUCUGGAGAACUGUCCUUGCUGUAAAGAGUAGAAUAUAUCAAGUUUCUGAACAACAAAUUGCUGAGAAGGUGAAGAAUUUCACAAAACAAAAUGCAGAACUUCUAGAAAAAUUGUCAAAUUAUGAACAGAAGAUCAAGGAAUCAAAUAAAUGUGUUCAAGAAACUAAGGAAAAAAAUAUGCUUCUCUCUGAAAAAGCAAUUAAAUUUAAGGAUAAAAUCAAGGAACUUGAAGAAACUAAUGAAGUUCUGAAUGAGAAAGCUAAAAACCUGCGUGUUAUGUUAGAAUCUGAGAGAGAACAGAAUGUCAAGAAUCGAGGCUUUAUACUGGAAAGCCAGAAAUCUAUAGAGAAGUUAAAAGAUGUUAUUUCAGUGAAUGCCUCAGAAUUUUCAGAGGUUCAAAUUGCCCUUAAUGAAGCUAAACUUAGUGAAGAAAAGGUGAAGUCUGAAUGCCAUCGAGUUCAAGAAGAAAAUGCUAAGCUUAAAAAGAAGGAGGAACAGUUGCAGCAGGAAAUCAAAGACUGGAAUAAAUCACAUGCUGAGCUCAGGGAACAAAUCAAAUCAUCUCAGCAGUCUCAGAAAGACUUGGAAAUAUGUCUUACUCAAAAAGAUGAUAUUAUCAAUGCUUUGACUAAUUGCAUUACACAGUUGAAUUGGUUAGAUUGUGAAUCUGAAACUGAGGAUAAAAAUAAAGGAAGAAGUGAGCUUGAUGAAUUAGCAAACAUGGAAAUGGGAGGUGACAAGAUCGAGAAGAUGAAAAAUCAAAUUAAACAGAUGAUGGAUGUCUCUCGGACACAAACUGCAAUAUCAGUAGUUGAAGAGGAUCUGAAACUUUUGCAACUUAAGCUAAGAGCCUCAAUGUCCACUAAAUGUGACUUGGAAGAGCAAAAAAAGAAGUUACAAGAGGACUGCAGUUCAUUACAGUUAACCAGAACUGCACUGGAAGAUGAAUGUAAAACCCUGCAGCAGAAAGUAGAAAUUCUCAAUGAGCUUUAUCAGCAGAAGGAGAUGGCUCUACAAAAGAAACUGAUUGAAGAAGAGUGCCAGCGGAGAGAAAAAGAGCAGCAGCUGUCAGCUGCAAAUGAAAAAUCUGUUUUGGCUGUAGAGGAAGUAAAAAGUUACAAGCAGAGAAUUGAAGAAAUGGAAGAUGAAUUACAGAAAACAGAGCGCUCAUAUAAAAACCAGAUUGCUGCUCAAGAAAAGAAAGUUCAUGAUAACUGGCUCAAAGCUCGUGCUGCAGAAAGAGCUAUAGCCGACGAGAAAAGAGAAGCAGCCAACUUAAGGCAAAAAUUAUUGGAAUUAACCGAAAAGUUGUCAGUGCAAAAGGAAGAACCUGUGAUUGUAAAACCAAUGCCAGGAAGACCUAAUUCACAAAACCGCCCAUCAAGAGGUCCUCUAAGCCAGAACGGCUCAUUUGGCCCAUCCCCAGUGAGUGCCGGUGAGUGCUCCCCUCCGCUGACAGCAGACCCGCCUGUGAGGCCCCUCUCUGCAACUCUCCCUCACAGAGAUAUGCCGAGAAAUGAAUUUGGGCCAAUGGAUGGACCUCUGCCUCGCCCUCAGUGGCCAUCUGAAGCAUCUGGGAAGCCCUCUCCCUCUGAUCCUGGAGCUGGUGCAGCUCCCAUGAUGAACAGCAGCUCAAGAAGGUCUUCACCGAAUGUGAUGGAGGAGGGCAAAGUUAAUAUAGCUGCAAGAGGGCCCCCUCCUUUCCCAGGAAUGCCCUUCAUGAGCUCUCCUGUGGGAGGCCCUGUCCCACCACCCAUUCGAUAUGGACCGCCUCCUCAAUUCUGCAGGCCUUUUGGGCCUCGGCCGUUCCCGCCACCGUUUGGUCCUGGGUUGCAUCCACCACUAGGCUUAAGAGAAUAUGCACCGAGCAUUCCACCUGGAAGGCGGGACCUGCCUCUUGAUCCUCGAGAAUUUAUGCCAGGACAUGCGCCUUUUAGACCUUCAGGCCCAAGAGAGUACUUUAUUCCUGGGACACGAUUACCACCCCCAACGUAUGGCCCCCAGGAUUUUCCACCUUCUCCUGCUGCAAAAGACUUGCUGCCUUCAGGCUCUCGAGAUGAGCCCCCAUCUGCCUCUCAGAGCUGUAGCCAGGACUCUUCACAGGCUUUCAAACAGAGCCCGUAA